AUGAUGGCGAUAUCAUCGGAGCGCGAAUCCUCGCGUUUUAAGAAUAUGAUCUCGAGUUUCCGCAAGGAACGGGGAGCGCGACGACGCGAGAUGGAGCCGGCGCUGAGCCUGCUCAAGUCUCACUCCCUCCAGCCGGGCUUCGAACUCACACGCCUUAGCGAAAGCGGCAACUUGAUUUCGUUCACUCCUCGCCCGUCGCUAGAGCUAGAGCUUUCGCAGACCUCUCCUGGCGUGGAGGCGAACGGAGGAGCUGGCGCACCAGCCCAGGUGGUAACCCGUCAGUCGAAAGCAGCUGAGAAUCAUCGCCGGCAGCAGAGCUGCGGAGGACACGGCUUAACCGGCAACGGUGAUGGUUACAAGCCGUCUGUUUUGACGGCGGCGAAGGAGCAACCGUUAUCGUGUGACGGCCCGGCCACAGCAGCCGCGGCGCCCUGGGGUGGUGAAUACAUUGAAGCGUUCCGAUUGGCUCGUGUGGAAGACCACCUGAUGAACCACCUGAAGGACCACCUGAAGAACCACCUGAAGGACAACCUGCAGGGGAAGGAUGAACAGUGCCAGGUGAAUGAACAGUUUCGCGCAGUCGAGGCUCCCGGCACGCUCGAGAUCUCUGUUGCACCCGACCAGGUUCAGGAGAAUUUCCAGGGUGAAGUGGGAACCACGGCGAAAUGCGACGCAAGAACGACAGUUGCGGAUACUGCUGAUUUAAUUGAUUCGCCCGAUUCCGUGAUGGUAAAUGCAGGAAUUAUCCUCUCCGUGGGCAGCAAUUCCCCCGCUGUCAGCAAUGGAGAUCCGACCGCGAAUUGCGGAGGGGGCGAGAGCGGUGGAUGGGAAGGGAAUGUGCGCAGGAGCGACGGGGAGGCCGAUGGGGGGACGAGGACCGGGCUCGCGGAGGUGAGGGGGGAAUGCGUAGGCGAGAGCGGAGAAGAGGCGGCGGAAGGGGGUGCGCGGAGCAGCGGAUGGGAGGAGGGUGACGCGAAGGCAGCGGCGGAAGCGAAGGAAGUGGUUACGGAGGUUUUCGAGACGGAAAAUGGCGGCCUAGAGAGUGAACCGUUGGUGCAUUUCCGAGGGCGGGUGAGCCUCCCCCAGCUGAACCUGCGCCUGGCUGCCCUGCCGCUGCUUCGGGCAGAAAACUCGGGCAGCCCGAAAACAAAAGAGCUGGAGGAGGCAGCCCUGUGGACGGAGGAGUGUGGGAUAGAGAGAGGGGAGGGGCAGCAGGGGCGGAGAGGGGAAGGCGGAGCGGAUGAAUCCGCGGAUGGGGGGAAGGCGGAUGAUGGGAAAGCGGAUGAGGGGAGAGCGGAUGAAUUCGCGGAAGGAGGGAUCGUAAGUUGCCCGGCCCGGAUUGGUCCUCCGUCGUCUUCGUUAUUGUCACCAUCCGUUAGAAGGGCGUCGCAGUCAACGCCCCACACUCCCCAGGGGAGCGAGGCGCAUCACCUACGCGCUGGUUUCGGGCGGGACGGUCGCCUGAAAAGUCGCGACGGGCUGGGGGGGGAUCUGGAAGCGGGACGCGCCCGUAACCUGCGCGGAGCCGACGCGCUGGGGGGAGAUCUCGAGGCGGAGGGGGGAAAAAUGGGGACAGCGCUGGCGGACAGGCGGGGAGGGGGCGCGGGGGAAGCGCGCGGGGCAGCGUGGGGGAGAUGGGGGCGGAACCGGCGCACUGAGAGCUGCUUUGCGGGUGGCUCGGGGAAUGACGCCGGGUGCUUGAAAGGGGGCGGUGGCGGGAGGCAAGAGAAGCAGGAGCAGCAGCCGGAGAAGCAACAGGAGAAGCAGAGGAAGCAGCUAGGGAUGUUGAUGGGGAAGUACCCCGCGUUAUUAGUCUACCCUCUUUACCAGCUCCUGCUGUACCCUCCUCCUCCUCCUCCUCCUCCUCCUCCUCCUCCUCCUCCUCCUCCUCCUCCUCCUCCUCCUCCUCCUCCUCCUCCUCCUCCUCCUCCUCCUCCUCCUCCUCCUCCUCCUCCUCCUCCUCCUCCGCCUCCAUCUCUUCAUCUGUAG